AUGUCGACACGUGGUGAAGAUCGUAGUUACAAAGUUGUGUACGCGAGCCGCAAUCGUGGCUCGGACCGCGUGGAAGACGAGCCUCCCCCGCGAAGAUCGAGACGGGACUAUGAUUAUGAUUACGGUUAUGAUCAUGACAAGUCGUAUUCGCGUGACUAUCAAGAUGAGCGGAUUUUGAUUGACAGAAGUGGUCGAUCCGACGAUCCGCGCGGUUAUCAUCAGCAGUCCACCACAGUCGCCAACAGGACCAAGACAACUUACGAAGUUGGGCGAGACAGGAAUUCCGAGGCCUAUGUCAAGCGAUCCAAUGCUCUCGUUCUUGCUCCAGCCAACCCAAGAUCCGAAUUUGAAGUUCUUCGGCCACAGAGACGAGACGAUGGGACUUACGUGGUCGACCUAUCCAACCCACGAGGCUACGAUGAGCGGGACUACGGCUACCAACCUCGGACCAAAUACUACGAUGCGCCGCCUCCCUCGAGAACCAGGAGAGACGACGAUGUAAUCAUAUACGACUCCUCACGGACCGGUGGCAGAGACCGUACCAUCAGUCACGCGAGCUACCACAAAGAUGUCCAGGUCAUGGAAGACAUCGAUGAUGAUCCACGCGACCGUCGUCGAGGCAGAGUUCCCGAAAUCGUCCCCGAGGAGACCGUGGCUCCACCAGCCCGACUUCGAAGCUCCAUGCGUGGAAGGAAUGAUUCGCCUCCAGAGGAUUGGAAGGUGCGGCGAUCCCACAGUGUCGGAUUCUUCAAGGAUCAGAUCAGCCGCCACGAUGCCAGCGAGAGCCGCCACGAACGGCCCGGCGCCGAGGCGCAUCUUGCCGGCCGUUAUCUGCACCACCAUGAUGACUACGACGACGAUGAAAGAAGAAGUGACUAUGAAGAACGCGCUAGGGUGACCCAGCGAGCUAGGUCGAGGUCUAGGUCUCGAGGUGGACAUGGACAUGGACCUCGGCAUAGCGAUCCACGGCUACGUGAUUAUGACCACGAGGAUGAACGACGAUCAUAUACCGAAGAGACCAUGAGGGAUUAUGAGUAUGAGGAUAGGAGAGAUCCUUAUCCGCCACAGCGAGAAUCGAGGAGGCACCGUCAUCAUCACCAUCAUGAUGAUGAUCGCUCUGCCCACUCAGAGUAUGAGACUGUGACCAGGACCAAAAAGGAAUACUACAGAUAG